UGAUGACGUAACGGCCGGAAGUUCAUUCCAGUUGUGGCGACGUGGAAGAUUUUGUUAGCAUCCCGUCGACAUCGAACGUCUGCCGCUCGUCAGCCAGUUUCGACACGAUGAUCAAGAAGUUUGACAAAAAGGACGAAGAGUCCGGAAGCGGCUCAAACCCUUUCCAGCAUCUGGAGAAGAGUGCCGUUUUGCAAGAGGCUCGCAUCUUCAACGAGACACCCAUCAACCCACGAAGAUGCCUGCACAUUCUGACCAAGAUUAUUUACCUUCUCAACCAGGGUGAACAUUUUGGGACCACUGAAGCCACCGAGGCGUUCUUUGCCAUGACCAGGCUCUUCCAGUCCAAUGACCAAACACUGAGGAGGAUGUGCUACUUGACCAUCAAGGAGAUGGCCAACAUCUCUGAGGACGUCAUUAUUGUCACCAGCAGCCUUACCAAAGACAUGACUGGCAAGGACGACGUGUACAGGGGACCGGCGAUCAGAGCCCUCUGCAGGAUCACAGACACCACCAUGCUGCAGGCCAUCGAGAGAUACAUGAAGCAGGCCAUCGUCGACAAGGUCCCGAGCGUGUCCAGCUCGGCCUUGGUGUCCUCACUGCACAUGGUGAAGAUGAGCUACGACGUGGUCAAACGCUGGGUGAACGAAGCCCAGGAGGCAGCUUCGAGCGAUAACAUUAUGGUUCAGUACCACGCUCUGGGCCUCCUGUACCACCUGAGGAAGAACGACCGGCUGGCCGUCACCAAGAUGCUCAACAAGUUCACAAAGUCGGGCCUCAAGUCGCCGUUCGCCUACUGCAUGCUCAUCCGCAUCGCCAGCAAGCUCCUGGACGAGACGGAAGGAGGUCACGACAGCCCCUUGUUUGACUUCAUCGAGAGCUGCCUGCGCAACAAGAACGAGAUGGUCGUGUACGAGGCCGCCUCAGCCAUCGUGCACAUGCCCAAUUGCACGGCCAGGGAGCUGGCCCCCGCUGUAUCCGUGCUGCAGCUCUUCUGCAGUUCCCCCAAAGCCGCGCUGAGAUACGCGGCAGUCAGGACCCUCAACAAGGUGGCGAUGAAGCACCCCUCGGCCGUGACGGCGUGCAACCUGGAUCUGGAGAACCUGAUCACCGACUCCAACCGCAGCAUCGCCACCUUGGCCAUCACCACGCUGCUGAAGACGGGCAGCGAGAGCAGCGUGGACCGACUCAUGAAGCAGAUCUCGUCUUUCGUCUCGGAGAUCUCCGACGAGUUCAAGGUGGUGGUGGUGCAGGCAAUCAGCGCUCUGUGUCAAAAGUAUCCAAGGAAGCACAGCGUCAUGAUGAACUUCCUGUCCAACAUGCUGAGAGACGACGGCGGCUUUGAGUACAAGCGGGCCAUCGUGGACUGCAUCAUCAGCAUCAUCGAGGAGAACCCCGAGAGCAAAGAAACGGGCCUGGCGCACCUGUGCGAGUUCAUCGAGGACUGCGAGCACACGGUGCUGGCGACCAAGAUCCUGCACCUGCUGGGCAAAGAAGGCCCGCGCACCCCGCAGCCGUCCAAGUACAUCCGCUUCAUCUUCAAUCGGGUGGUGCUGGAGAGCGAGGCCGUGCGAGCCGCUGCGGUUAGCGCCUUGGCCAAAUUCGGAGCUCAGAACGACGACCUGCUGCCAAGUGUUCUGGUUCUCAUGCAGAGGUGCAUGAUGGACAGCGACGACGAAGUGCGUGACAGGGCCACGUUCUACAUGAACGUGCUGCAGCAGAAGCAGAAGGCACUUAACGCUGCCUACAUCUUCAACGGCUUGUCGGUGUCCAUCCCCGGUCUGGAGAAGUCGCUGCACCAGUACACGCUGGAUCCCUCGGAGAAGCCGUUCGACAUGAAGACGGUUCCUCUCGCCACCACGCCCAUCACAGAACAGAAAACGGAAAUCGCUCCAGUGGCGACCAGCAAGCUCCCAGAGAAGUUGGCCCCGUCCCGCCAGGAUAUCUAUCAAGAACAACUGGCGGCCAUCCCCGAGUUCCAGGGUCUCGGCCCGCUCUUCAAGUCGGCCGAGCCGGUGCAGCUGACGGAAGCCGAGACGGAAUACGUGGUGCGCUGCAUCAAACACACCUUCUCCAGGCACAUGGUCUUCCAGUUCGACUGCACCAACACGCUCAACGACCAACUUCUGCAGAAGGUUCUCGUGCAAAUGGAGCCGUCCGAAUCCUACGAGGUGCUUCACUACCUUCCCGCCGCCAGCCUCCCGUACAGCCAGCCGGGCUCCUGCUACACGCUCGUGCGUCUGCCCGACGACGACCCGACAGCCGUGUCGUGUACGUUCAGCUGCACGAUGAAGUACCUGGUCCGAGACUGCGACCCCAACACGGGAGAGCCCGAUGACGACGGUUACGACGACGAGUACGUGUUGGAGGACCUGGAAGUGACCGUGGCGGACCACAUCCAGAAGGUGCUGAAGCCAAACUUCGGAGCAGCCUGGGAAGAAGUGGGAGACGAGUUUGAGAAGGAGGAGACGUUUGCGCUGGCGUCCGUUCGCACUUUAGACGAGGCAGUGAAGAACAUCGUCAGCUUCCUGGGCAUGCAGCCGUGCGAGCGCUCGGACAAAGUGCCAGAAAACAAAAACUCGCACAUCCUCUUCCUCGCUGGUGUUUUCCGGGGAGGUCACGACACACUCGUCCGAGCUCGCCUCGCGCUGGCCGACGGCGUCACCAUGCAGGUGACGGUCCGCAGCGACGAAGAAACGGUUGUCGACGUCAUCCUGGCAUCUGUGGGCUGAAGCCCAACCCUUUAUCGCUUCUAACUUUUUGUCUAUCGCUAACAUCUGCUACUUAACAUGACUCUGGAAGAGAAAUAAACAGUGAUUACAAAUGA